UCAGAAGUGAGGACUUACUGGGCAGUCGCUUCAGCUGUACUGGGGGCUUCCAAGAUACCUCACCUUAUCAUCUGCCCUGUGGUUUCUGGAAGUGCACUGUAAGGAUGUCCUGGAGACAAGUCAUCCUCCUGUCAUCUCUCUCGGCCCUGGUGCUCCUGUGUAUGCUACAAGAGGGGACCAGCGCUUCUGUGGGCAGCAGACAGGCGGCUGGAGAGGAGGUGCAGGAAGGUAUGAAACAGAAGAUUUUCAUGCAAGAAUCUGAUGCCUCAAAUUUCCUCAAGAGGCGUGGCAAGCGGUCUCCUAAGUCCCGAGAUGAAGUCACUGCGGAAAACAGACAGAAGCUUCGGGACGAUGAGCUUCGGAGGGAGUAUUAUGAGGAGCAAAGGAACGAGUUUGAGAACUUCGUGGAGGAACAGAGAGAUGAGCAGGAAGAGAGGACCAGGGAGGCGGUGGAGCAAUGGCGGCAGUGGCACUAUGAUGGCCUGUAUCCUUCCUACCUCUACAACCGCCAAAACAUAUGACCUCACCCUCAAGCAACUGGGGAAGAGAAGCAUAGACACGCCUCCCGCCUC